AUGAUCGAUUCACUUACCGACGCGGAAGUCGAUAGAGUACGGGACGGAUCAAAGGCACAGCUAGCUGCCUGUACUGCAAUGAACUGGCAAGUUCGCCCACUCCCUCCCCGUACGUGUACGUUCAAGCCUCAAAACUUCUACGUCGGCGCCAUUCUCAACGUUAUCACCGAUGUCAUAAUCCUUGCCAUUCCUGUCCCGAUGCUCUGGGGGUUGCAGAUAAAGCUUAGCAAGAAGAUUGCCAUUGCCCUGUUCAUCUGCUCAGGAACGUUCGUCAUCGCCGCUGCUAUUGUACGCGCCGCGCUCACCCUGGGCAACACCCCCUCUGGACUGAACAUCAACCGCUGGGGAGUCCGCGAGACUAUCGUUGGCAUUAUCACCGUGAACCUGCCCAUUCUUAGACCCAUGUUCAGGCGGAACUUCUGGCGCGGGAAUACUUAUGUCGCGGAAUCGUCGUCAUACGGGCGCUCACGCCCUACAAAGAGCGGAUACGGGCUUGGUACAUUUGAGCUGAGGUCAGAGCCCGAUUCCAAGCGUGGCGCUGCUGCAUCAGAUGUAGAGCUGGUGACUGUGCCGAGGAGCGCUUCCAGGUCAUCCCGGAGAAGUUCCUCGAUUGAGAAGGAAACUGGCGACAGAAGCAUUCAAGUGGUAGUGCAGCAAAGUUACCACGUUAGUUCGUCUCCGAGAAGUGUGGAUGAAGAGCUGGGUGGUUGGGAUGAAGAAGAUAAAGAUCGAGGUCGCGCGUUUCAAACGAACAUCUCGUCAGGAAUGAGGCCUUAA